AUGCCGCGCGCGCUCGCGGCUGAUGACGGCUUGCCUGAGGUGGAAGUAGCAGCCAACAGAGCUGAAGUUCAGGAUCUGGCGAAGUUUGCAGUGGCUGAGAAUAACAAGCGAAAGGUGGAGCAUCACACUCAGGCACUCACACCCGCUCACUCCUCUUCUUCUCUCUCUCCUCUCCCCUUCUCCCUCCUCUCCCUCUCUCCCCCUCUACCCCUCUCCCCCUCUACCUCUCUACCUCUCCCCCUCUCUCCCUCUCCCUAUGCUAUGGGAAUUACAGGCAACAAACCUCCAGUUCGUGUUUGUGUCUUCAGCAUCUCAAACCAUUCGGCGAGCGCACUCUCUUUUGCUCCUUUCCCCGCCGCGCUUUAUCGUUGCCCCUCCUUCCGCCCCGCUCCUUCUGCCCCGCUUCCUCUCGGCCAACUUCAACGUUGCCCUUCCGCCCUUCCGCCCUUCCGCCAUUCCGCCCUUCCGUCCUUCCGCUCUUCUUCCUUUCCGCCUUUCUGCCUUUCCGCCCUUCCUCACUUCCGCCCUUCUGCCCUCUCCUAUCUGACGCCUUCCCCUCCCCCCUUGCGCGCAGGCCUGCGCGUGCGCGCGGAGCAAGGAAGGCGGGCGGGGGAGACAGAGCAGCGCAGCGCAGCGGGGGAGGAGGAAUCGCGGAAUGAGCUCCGCCUCAUGUCCGUUGCGCCCAUGCCCGUCGCCGCCCUUGCCGCUGGUAGGCUAAAGGGGAAAAGGGGGGAGGGGGGAAGGGAGGGAGGGGCGGAAAAGGGGAGGGGGGAGAGGGGGAGCGCGGGUGGCGGGAGUGGGGAGGGGGGAAGAGGGGGAGGGUGGGGAGGAGGGGAGGGGGGGAGGGUGGGAGGAGGGGAAUGGGGUAAAUGGGAGGCUUGCAGCUGCCACCAAAUCUCCUGCUUGCCUUCCCUUUCCCCCCCAUCUAUCUUUCCACCCUUCCCCCCUCGCCCCCCCACUCUCCCCCUUCCUUUUUCCUCCUCCCCUCCACUCUCCCCCUCCCUUUCCCCCCCCCUCUCUUCUUUCCCCCUCUCCAUUUCCCCCCUCCCCAAUCGCCCAGCUGACGCCUUGAGAGAGCUGUUAGAGCCGUAUGGGGAGUUGGUGCGUUCCUGGAAUCUUCCUGACUGGCUCAUCCACUGGGGGCAUCCCGGCAACAUGGCAGUGGUUCUUCUAGCCAUGGGGGGAUACGGCUCCUACCUGGGAUGGCAGAUUCGCCUCGCCUCGUCACCUGAGGCCAAGGCAGCAGCGCGGGCAGCCCACCCGCCCAUCAUGGGCUUCAUGUUUCUCUUCUUCGCCAUCGGUGCCACUGGUGGGCUCACCUCCCUUGUCACCACCGGCCGACCCAUCUUUGAAAGCCCCCAUGCUUACUCAGGCAUGGCUGGUCUCGUGCUGCUCACCAUUCAGACUGCAAUGACUGCCCUCUUCAAG